AUGGUCUUGAAGAUGAAGGGGUUGAAUUGGCCUUCAACAAAUCCAUGGACUCCAAGGUCAAGUCCAUUGCUUCACUGGCGUUUUGGGUUGCUGACGGCUCUUGUUCUUGUGGGAAUGGUUGUGGUUUUGAGCGCCGAUGGAAGAACUAUAAAGAGCUUCGUCGAUGCUUGGAGGUCUCGCCAAGAUUAUCUGAGUACUGUUAAAGUUAGUACCAACAAUGGCCGAGCUUUUCCACCCCAAACGUAUGAAGGUAUGUCUAUAAGCCCCUCAGAAAGUGCGAUUGCUGAGUUCGACAACCAAAUCAACCAGACCCAGUUCAACAUUACCUUCGAUUCCCUCAACCCGGUUAAUCUGACACAAAAUGAACAAUCUUUUUCUGAGAAUUCAACUGGGGUUUUCAUGAACUCAGAGAAGAAUCAGACCCAGCUGGUGUUUUCAUCAAGUUUGAGUUGGGUUGCAAAUGAGUUGGAGCGUGACCUCACUAAGAAUCUUCUAGCUCGGUGGUUAGCUCCUGGUGGGGAGCCUUGUAAAGAUUCCAAGACCGUGGAUAUUGCAAUUCCUGGUUUGGAUGGUCAGGAUUUGAUUGAGUUGUCGGCUGGUGAAAUCCAUGAGUUUGGUUUUUUAUCACUGGAUGAUGCUAAGAACCCUCGUUGUUUAGGUGGGGAUUACUUUGAGACUGACCUUUCUGGCGAUUCAUGGAAAUCUCGUCCUCUUGUGAAAGAUUUCAACAAUGGGUCAUAUUCCAUUUCACUACAAGUCCAUCCAGAUUUUGUUGGGAUCUAUAAUCUUACUAUAAUACUCCUUUUUAGGCAUUUCGAGGGUCUUAGAUUCUCACCUCCAAGGUUUGCUUAUGAUCAAGAGCUUCGUAAGAUUCAGAUCAGGUUCUACAAAGGCUCAGCUCAAUUGCCUGAGCUGCAGACUUGCCAGGAGUCUGAUUUUGGUAGAGAUUUAUGGAGUGGAAGGUGGACUAGGCAUGGCAGGAAUGAUGAUUGCCAAAUUAGCAAUGAUGGACGAUAUCGGUGCUUACCUUCUGAUUUUCAAUGCCAGAAUCCAUGGUGCAAUGGUUCAUUAGGAUUGUUGGAGAGUAAUGGAUGGGUUUAUUCAGCACAUUGUUCAUUUAGAUUGUUCACAGCGGAUUCUGCUUGGAAUUGUUUGAAGAAUAGAUGGAUUUUCUUCUGGGGUGAUUCCAAUCAUGUUGAUACCAUUAGAAACAUUCUCCAUUUCAUCUUAGAUCUGCAUGAAAUACCUUCGGUUCCUAGAAGAUUUGAUAGGAAUUUCUCAAACCCAAAAGACCCUUCUCAAACUGUUAGAAUCACAAGCAUUUUCAAUGGUCAUUGGAAUGAUACGCAGAAUUACCAAGGUUUGAAUUCUUUGAAAGAUGAAGGUUUUAGGAAUUUGGUAAAAAAGUACUUCUCAGAGGAAACAGUUCCAGACACAAUAAUUAUGAAUUCUGGACUGCAUGAUGGUGUAUUUUGGACCAACAUAAGAGCUUUCUCUAAAGGGGCAAAUUAUGCAGCAUCAUUUUGGAAAGAAGUUUUGGAGUCGAUAAAGCAGAGGGGAUUGAUGUUUCCAAAAGUCUAUUACCGUACCACAAUAGCCACUGGUGGUUAUGCAAGGACUUUACAAUUCAAUCCCAAUAAGAUGGAGGCAUUCAACUGGGUUGUGUUGGAGAAAUUGAAGGAAGCUGGUGUGAUUUCUGGUGUAAUUGAUAAUUUCGAUAUGACUUUUCCAUGGCAUUUCGAUAACCGGUGCAAUGAUGGUGUGCAUUAUGGUCGUGCUCCGGCGAAAAUGAGGUGGAGAGAUGGCCAAAUUGGGCACCAAUAUUUUGUGGACCUCAUGUUGGCUCAUAUAUUGCUGAAUGCACUCUGUGUAAGAUAGCAAGUUAAUGCAAG